AUGAAAAAAGUGAAAGAAGCAGCAGCAUAUAGUGUGCUAGCAGAUGAAACAGCUGAUAUUUCUGGCACUGAACAACUAUCGAUUGGGAUGCGAUAUUUUGACGAAGAAACACAGCAAGUCCAAGAAAUGUUUGUCGGAUUCACUGAGCUAAAAGAUUUGGAUGCGAAAUCGAUUGCACAUAGCAUAGAUGAGUUUUUGACAAAAGAAGAUCUGAAUAUAAAUAAAUGCGUUGGUUUUGGUUUUGAUGGUUGUUCAACGAUGUCGGGAAAAGACGGAGGGGUACAAGCGAUCUUACGCAAAAAGUACACCAAAGCCCUCUACUUUCAUUGCUCGUUCCACAAACUGAAUCUAAUUAUCAAUGAUCUAAAUUCACUUCCUGAAAUUAGAAAUGCCAUGGGAACCACCAAAGAUACUAUAAACUUUUUUCGGGAAUCAGUUUUGAGGAGGAAGUUGAUCCUAAUAUUUCCAGACUUUGCGAGAGAAGAUGGAGUGAGAAACACAAAUCCAUCAGAGUUUUUAAAGAAAAUCUUCCAGUAA